AUGGACACGGUCGCGGAACGGCGCCGAGAUAUGGGCGCGCCGCCGCACCUCAUGACGGAUGUGUCACACACAAAGCGACGAUCGCAUUCGUCGGAUGCAUCGCUCCACCCGCCAUCCACGCCACACGCCGUACAUAGCGCGCUCGGGUCGCAGUCGGCGCAGCACGAUGGCGCCAGCAUGCCGCAGAGCACUGCCCAUGUACGGGGGAGCUCCUACACGUCCCCUGGUGCCGUGGUGCAGACGUACGAGCGACAUACAUCGGACAUUUCGCGCGCGAUGAUCGAUUUACUUACGCCACUGCUGCCGACCGACGACGAGUAUCGUGCCAAGGAAGCCACGCGGCGGCAGCUCGAGCAACUUGCCGCGCGUGUGAGUCCCGGUGCGAAGCUGAUUGCAUUUGGGAGCAUGACCAAUGGAUUUGCACUGCGCAAUUCAGUGCGAGGCACGCUCGGGAACGAGACCGACGAAGACGACCACGAUACCAGUGCAGCGCACGCCGCCACGUACACACGGUCCGCCUCGGAGAUGGUCGAGAUCCUUGGCGAGCUUAUACGAAAGGAAACCGACUUUUACGUGCUGCCGCUCCCCAAGGCGCGGAUUCCCAUCAUCAAGCUGAGCCGCGCCGCGACGUCCGGUGCGCCGUACCCGAUUGCGUGCGAUAUUGGAUUUGACAACCAGCUUGCGCUGGAGAACACGCGGCUCCUGCUCUCCUAUGCACGCAUCGACCCGCAGCGGUUGCGCACACUGGUCCUCUUUUUAAAGGUGUGGACCAAGCGGCGGAAACUCAACUCGCCCUUUACAGGCACCUUGUCCUCCUACGGGUAUACUCUGCUCAUCCUCUUCUUCCUCGUUCACGUCAAGCGCCCUCCCGUGCUGCCGAAUUUACAGCGCAUCUCCCCGGCACACACGCCCGAAAUGCUGCAGGGGCACAAUAUCCACUUUUAUGACGAUAUCGAAAAGCUGCGCACCGCAUGGACGUCGCACUGCCGCGAGUCUGUCGGCGAGCUGCUCCUCGAUUUCUUCCGGUUCUUCUCGCGCGACUUUAACUAUGCAAAAGACGCCAUCUCGCUCAGCACCGAGGCGGGACUCGUAUCCAAAGAAUCGCGCGGCUGGAGCACAGAGUACCUGUGCAUUGAGGACCCCUUUCAACUGGGCUACAACGUCUCGCGCACCGUCACCAAGGACGGGCUCUACACCAUCCGCGGCGAGUUUAUGCGUGCGGGGCGGCUGCUCGCAAACCGCAACGUGCGCGCAGAUGCACUCAUCGCCGAGCUCUGUGAGGAGCGCGAGGACGAGCUGACACAAGCGCCCAACUACCACGCGCGCCGAUUCGAAAGCAGCCCGCGCGGCGGCGCACGCAUGGUAUGGCGAGACCGGCGCGAUGGGCGGCGCGCAGAGCCCGGCAAUCUCGACGGGAUGCAUGGAUUCGUGUUUCCCCCGCCGCCGAUGUUUGCGCCGAUGCCUGCGGCACAUGCCAUGCAGUCUGCCGGUGCGAUGCUCUCGCGCAGUGCAGAUGCUUCGCCGCGCACGGCAAAUAUGUACUUUCCUGUGCUGGGCAUGCCCGCGAUGUAUGCCGCGCCGGCGGACGCUUCACACGCCGCGAAAAGCGUGCGCUCCAUGUCUGAUGCGCCUGCAUCGUCUCCGGCGCUGCGCGCAGAGUCGCGUUUUAGCCAAGUGCCCAGCCAUCCGUUUGUGCUUGACGACGAGGUGGGGAAGACUGCAGCGAUGGAGCACGGCACGGAGGGUGUAAAGGGAGGACAUCCCGAUACACAGCCGCAUCCCACGCAUCCCACGCCUGGAGCGGAUGCUGUGCGUGGCAAUGCGCACGAGCCGCCCUCCGAGGAGCCAGACUUGUUUGGCAUGUCGCCAGUCUGGUGA